AAACUCACACAUUAACACAUGCUCAUAAAACACCUUUUUUUUCAUGUAUCACGACUAUAGACGCUUCCUUUCUUUUUUCGAAAAAUAUUGUCAAAUUCAAUUUGCUUUUGACUUUCUCAUAAGUCAAAUUAAACAAAUAACAAUAAUUAAAAGUGAAAUACGGUGAAUUUAAUGUUUAAACGACGAAUAAUAAAAUAUUCGAAAUAAUCGAAUUUUUUUUGUAACUCUUUUUUGGAGUCAUCACUUGUCAAAAUUUAUUGACCAUAACCUCAACAAUGACAACGGAAGCGACAGUUCUUUUUGCAAAGCUAGAAGCUUUAAAAGACAUAAGAUCAAAAACUGUUCAAUUAGAAAAAGUAAAGCAAAGAAUUGUUCAGGAAGUUGAACAAACAGAACAAGAGGACAAAUGUUUAUUUGAAUAUAAACAAGAAAUGAAUUUAUUGAUGCAAGAAAAAAUGGCACAUGUCGAAGAACUUCGACAAAUUCACGCUGAUAUAAACACGAUGGAAACUGUGAUAAAACAAGCCGAAGAAUCGCGAAACAGAUCAAGAGAAACGGCAAAAAUGAUUCACAUAAACGAUUAUCAACCUUUGAAACACGAUAUUGAUCGUAUGAGAAGAGAUUAUUUAGGUCUUGAGAGAUUGCCGGAAUUAUGCGAAGUUGAAUCCGAUCUUAUUUCUUCCGAUUAUUUCGAUCGUCCCGUACAAAAAUCUGAAUGGCGAAUGGACAUUCGCAAUGAGGAAAUUAUGUCUUCCGUGAAUAUUCAUGGACAUCCGGGUCAUCCUGGUGGAAAUACAUUUCUUGCUCCGCAGCCACUUCAAGGAUCAAGUAAAAUUGAACAGAGGCCACUACCUCCUGCUCCUUGUCCACCUCCAGGGCCCACAUUCAGGUAUUCCUGGCAACAACCACCGCCAAUGAAAUCGUGUCUCUCCUGUCAUCAGCAAAUUCACAGAAAUGCGCCAAUUUGUCCUCUUUGUAAAGCAAAAUCACGCUCACGAAAUCCCAAAAAGCCAAAGAAGAAAGACUAAACCCAGAAAAAAAAAUAAUUGAAAACUAUGUGUUCGAUAUCCCGGUUUUUUUUUAAAUUCAAUUUAAAAUGCAAUACACAAUGUAAACGGUAUUUAUAGAAUAUUAUAAAAAAUUCCAAUUCAUUACAAAAAAAAAAAUUUAUAUAUAGAAUUUAGAAAAAGAGAAAAAAUCUUCCAAGACUGUUUUAAUUACUAAUCGUAUUUUAAUCGCCAUAAACAUAAAUUACUUUCUUAUUGUAAUUAAGAUUUUUAAAAUCUUCCAUAUUACUUGGUAUUUUAGAUAAUAAUUAAAAAUAAGUAAUUUUUAAGUUAUACUUACAUUAAAAAUUUCAAUGAUGAUUUAACUAUAUAUAUAUAUAUAGUUAUAAUAGUUAUUAAUUCUUGAAUUGUUAUUAUUUAAGAUUAGAAUUUAUAUAAUUAGUAAAUUAAAAGAAAAAAAUGUGUUUUUUUGUACUGCUUUAGUUUUGUCUGAAAAAAAUUUUAACCGACUUUUUU